GUGACCGUACCCCUGCACCAGAGAGGCAGGCAGCAAGGCAGCUACCGGUUGCUAAGGAAGUGCAGGUUGCUAAGGGCUCCCGGAGCGCUGAGUGAGCCGACCGGCGGAAGUGGUUAGAGAGGAGACUUCCGGUUGUCACUCUGCUCUCAGGAUAAACAUGUCUGCCGAGUUCCAGGGUUAUGAGCAGGACUAUGGAGUCCUCACAGCCGAGAUCACUAACAGGAUCGGGAAGAUCCCCAAACUGUCAGGAGAGGAGAAGAAGCAGAUGGUGAUGAACGUGGAGAAGCAGCUGGAGGAGGCCAAGGAGCUGCUCGAGCAAAUGGACCUGGAAGUUCGGGAGAUCCCGGCUCAGAGCAGAGCAAUGUACAGCAGCCGCAUGAGGAGCUACAAGCAAGAGAUGGGCAAGCUGGAGGCCGAUUUUAAAAGGUCACGGAUCGCCUACAGUGACGAAGUGCGGAACGAGCUUCUGGGGGACGAUGGCAGCUCCUCAGAGAGCCAGAGGGCUCAUCUGUUGGAUAACACGGAGAGGCUGGAGAGGUCAUCACGGAGGCUGGAAGCCGGGUACCAGAUAGCCGUGGAGACCGAAUAAAAAUAUUUGAGCAGC